CAAGUAAACUUCCAAACUAGCUAGUUUGACAAUAUGGGGGCGGAGAUAUCAAAAGAUAAACAUUCAGAGUCAGUUGAAGGCCCAAGUUAUGCACAACCACAGAUAAAGAAAACUGACCAUGCCAAGGAAAUUCAGACAGUGUCAGUGCCUCAUAACUGUGAAAACAUUUUGAAAGAUGCCGAUAAACCAGUAAAUAAAUCCUCGACAAAUAAGCUAAAUGAUCAACUUUGUGCUGGUGUAUUCUUGAACCAAAAGAAGAAGAAGUACUGGGUUGAAAGGAAGUCGCUGGUUAACUGCUUCAUGUUGUUUGCAAAAGAUCUCUACAUUUGCUGGUCGGACGACAACCGGUACUGGAAUUGGUUCUUGCUCGAGGACAAGGAAUCAUGUGAUAAAUCCGUUGCUGUUGCUGAACUGCUAAACGUUUGCUGGCUAGAUAUUCACGGAAAAUUCGAUACAGCUAACCUUUCACCGGAAAUAAUGUAUGAAGUCGUAUUUGUUUUGAAGCUGAAGGAUCCUGCAUAUGGCUGGGAAGUUCCUGUGAAUGUUAGACUCACUCUACCCGAUGGAAGCAAACAACAACAAAAAGUAAAAUUGAUGGACAAGCCAAGAGGACAGUGGAUAGAAAUCCCAGCAGGAGAACUGAAAACAUCAGCCGAUCAGAACGUAGGAGAAAUGGAAGUUUCACUGUAUGAGUACGACGGUGGCAAAUGGAAGACAGGGCUAAUGGUAAAAGGUGUUGUCAUCCGGCCAAAACCCUGAGUUCUUCCACAGCAUUCAAACAUGAUCGACCAACAUGCUGUGACAGCAUGACAUGUUCUUUCUUAAAAGUAGUUCUCGUAGUAAAUUAAGAAUAAUCGUCCCCUCAAUCCAGGGACCGACCACCACAGAGCUGUCUCAGUAUAGUCUAGAACUUUUAGUUCUUCUGAAUUAUUACAAAAGGAACAUCUUCUGUGCGUGAUAUGACAUAUGAGUAAUGACAGCUACAAAUAAAUCUACCUGUACGUGA